UUCCAAUAAUUUUGCUACACCGGUACACGUUACAGUUUAUAAAGUUUUAAAUCUGCAGUCAUUGUAUAAUAGUUUAUAUAUUUUAUUAUAUUCAUUUAUUGUAAUAGAUAUAUUUAGAUUAUAUUUUGACUUGCAUAUAUUUAACGAAAAAUUAAUUAUGAUGGUCGAUACCGCCACAAAAUAUUUUCUUCUCUGUUUUGUAUUGUUCGUCGUUGGAUCAGUUGCCAAACCGUCAAAACUUUUAAAAAAUUAUGAACGGUGUAGCUUAAGCAGCCCAGAUAAAAACGCGUGCGUUAUCAAUGCAUUAACUAGUGCUUUGCCAACAAUAGCCAAAGGUGUUCCGAGUCUAGGCUUAUUUCCGGUAGAUCCGUUGCGUAUUUCGUUUUUGGAAAUAAAUCAAAAAGGCAACAGUGCUGUACAAAUUAAAUUAAGGUUCAAGGACUUGGAUAUCAUUAAUUUGUCUGAUUCAGUCCUCAAGGAUCCUAAGUUCGAUUUUGUCAAUUACAAUUUUUCAUUGAGUUUGGAUACGAAAAAACAAAUUUUUCUAAAAGGCAAUUAUGAUGUAUCUGGGAAAGUAUUGAUACUGCCCAUCACAGGAAAUGGGACGUGUAAACUGACAUUUGAUAAUUUCGAGGCAUUUGGAAACAUUAAGUUGAAGAAAAUAGUUAAGAAUGGAGCUGAGUAUUUGAGCCCUCAGAAGAUUAUCUGGACUUUUACAACGUCAAAAAUGUCUUUAAAAUUAGACAAUUUGUUCAACGGAGACAAAGCGCUUGGAGACAACAUGAACGUUUUUCUAAACGAGAAUUGGCGUGAUUUGUUAAAGGACUUGCAACCAGCUAUCGAAGAAGCAUUAGUUUUUGUUAUUUUCGAAUAUGCAAAACAGUUUUUCGGACGUGUACCGCUGAGUGAACUUUUGAAAGACUAAACAUUGUACUCUUAGACAAGUUUAGUUCAAUAAAUUUUGCUGAAUUUCUC